AAAACCUCUUUCGUUGGCGUCCAUACAUCGCCGGGCUGGAUCCAUUUAGAGAAGACAAUGAUAAAAAUGUCUUCUCUAAAUGGUAUGGAUCUGUGCCGGCUUUGUUUAGUUAAAGAGAAAGUUUCAAUUCCUAUAUUUGAUGGGGAAGGUGAUGUUCGGCAAAUAUUCAUCAAAAUAACUACCUGCCUUCCGGUAAAGGUGUCUAAAGAGGAUAGGCUCCCAAAGAAGAUCUGCAGUAACUGUGUGUACAGGGUAGAAAACUCUUUUGAGUUUUGGAAUACCACAGCCAGUGCGGAGAAACAGCUCCUGGACUGGCUGGAAGAUGCCAGCAAUGAGAGGAAAGUGGCCCCUUCCACCGUCACGUCUAACACUGACCACGAGACUUUCAUGGAGACAGAGCAGUUGGUUUUGAAAGAAGAGACGUUCGAGCACGAGCAGACUGACAGCGCGAAGAGCUCUGGUCGCGUGGGUGCGGCGCCGGCGGAGGAAGGGGCCGAGGCAGGUGCGGUGGGCGGCAGCGAAGAAGAGGACGAAGAGGCGGAGGAGAGCGACGACGGGGAAGAGGUGACGGGCAACGACAGCGAAGAGAGCGCCGAGGAAGAGGCGGAGGAGCCGGCAAACAAAGAGGAGGUUGGGUCCGAGGAGGAGGAGGAUGAGCCCUACGAGGAGCUGGAGCCGACGACGUUCGUCAACGUGUCGCUGGCCUGCGACGAGGCGGGCCCCAGUGGCAUGCAGCAGGCGGCGGAGGGCUCGGAAGCGAAGCGGCCCCGGUCGCGGGCGAAGCCGGAGCCUGCGGCCGCUGCGACGGCAGUGUCCGGCAGCGAAGAGCCUUCCACCAGCACGGCGGCACCAUCCACUAGUGGGUAUAAGCAUGAAAAAAAUAAUGGUAUUUUUGGCAAUGGAUUCAACGUUCCAAAAGAUUACAAAACACUAAGAAGAAAAAUUUCCAAGCAAAGAAGCAAGCAGAAUGUUAGCAAGGUAAAAUGUGAAUACUGUAACAUCAUAGUUUCAUCAAAGCAGGUAGUUGACCAUAUUAAAAAUCACUGUGUUCAUAAAAAUAGAAAAAUGUCAAGUCCAGUCUCAGUUUCUGAAUCUGCACAUUUUUUCAAGAAUCCAAAUGGCACCAGUGACAUUUCCUUGAGUAAGUGUCCAUCAGCUGUUGGUAUAGGUGCUGAUGCAGAAUAUCUAACUAGUCUUCAGGCAGUUGAGUGUAAAACGUGUAACAAAACUUUCACUUCAACUAAAAAUCUCAUUAGACAUGCAAAUUGCCACAUGAAAAAAGAGCCGUUCAUGUGUGAUACAUGUGGAAAAACUUUAUUCUCUAGGGCAAAAUUAAUUUCACACAUACAUAAUCACAGGGACCACAAAUGUCCUACGUGCGGGAAAAAAUUCACAGCGAACAAGCGCUUGAAGAUGCACAUGAAGAGUCACAGCGAGGAAAGACCGUUUUCGUGCGACAUCUGCCACAAGAGGUUCAAGCGCUCGUACUAUCUGGUGGACCACAAGAAGAUCCACACGGGGGAGAAGCUGCACACGUGUGACGUGUGCGGGUACGCCUGCAUCCAGAAGGUGCACCUGAUGAACCACAAGAAGCGGCACUUCAAGGAGUACAAGUUCAGCUGCGGCGUGUGCGGCAAGGGCUUCCACACGAGCACGGAGCUGCAAGGCCACGAGAACGUCCACACAGGUGAGCGGCCCUACAUGUGCGACGUGUGCGGCAAGGCCUACCCCUCCAAGACCAACAUGAUGGGGCACAAGCGGGCCCGCCACCCGGAGACGACCCGCAAUCCCGCGCGUCACCGCUGCGAGCUGUGCGGCAAGACCUUCGCCUACAAGCGCUCGCUGCAGCUGCACGGCCGCAGCCACACGGGCGAGAGCAACUUCCUGUGCGACGUGUGCGGCAAGGUCCUGUCGAGCGGCGAGACACUCAAGUCGCACCGCCGCAUACACACGGGCGAGAAGCCCCACGCCUGCCCCACCUGCGGCAAGGCGUUCGGCAAGCCGGGCUACCUCAGGGCGCACGUGCGCACGCACACGGGCGAGCGCCCCCACGCCUGCGACCACUGCGGUAAGAAGUUCACGCAGCGCUCUACGCUCGUGAUCCACCUGCGGUACCACACGGGCCAGCGGCCGUACCGCUGCCAGGCGUGCGGCGCUGCCUUCGUGUCCCGUGCCCUGCUGAGGACGCACCAGGCCAACCACGGCAGUGCCCCUGCCGCCGGCGAGACUCCUUCACAGUAUUUAAUACUAAAAAUUCUGAAGCCAAGCCAAGAAAACAGCCAUAAAGAUGAAUUAAAACUGGAUAUUUUUCCUAGCGAAAGCACAGAUAAUGAAGAGAACAAGACUGUUGAAUCCCUGAAGAAUGAAGAAAAAUUUUAUCCGAGCAGAGACUCGGACAAUGCCAGCUGCAGUGAAAACAACUCUUCCUGUGAGGGCAAAGCCCGUGACGGAGUGUUUGACUCUAGCGCAAGUCUCGGAAAUCAUCAGGAGUCGCAAAACAGAAGUAAGAAGUGGACGUGCAAAAUUUGCUUGAAAAUGUUUUCCGAAAAGAAGUACUUGCAUCGCCACACGAAGAGACACGUCGACGGGGAACCGUUCUGUUGCGACACGUGCGGGGGCAGUUUCAAAACUGCCUACAGCCUCCGAACACACAAGAGGUUGCACACCGGAGACAGAGUGCACAAGUGCGAGACGUGCGGGAAGCUGUUUGUGCACAAGUCUCUGUUGGAAAGGCAUCAGAAGUACCACCUCAAUGAGUACUCGUAUUUUUGCAAGACCUGCAAGAAAGGUUUCCACAACAACUACCAGCUGACCUCUCACGCGAAGGUGCACACCGGCGAGCGGUCGUACGUGUGCGACGUCUGCGGCAGAAGCUACGUGACCAAAGGCAGCAUGGCCACUCACAAGAAGUCCCACGCGGAAGACCAGCCGGAGAGGAAGAUGGCGGAGUGCGAGCUCUGCGGCAAGUUCUUCGUCUCCCAGCGGACCCUGAAGCUGCACGUGAGGCGGCACCGGGGCGAGAGGAACUUCCUGUGCGAGGCGUGCGGAAAGAGCUUCGCGGACAACGUGACGCUGGGGCUGCACAUCCGCACGCACACCGGCGAGAAGCCGUUCGCCUGCGGCGUCUGCGGGAAGGCGUUCGGCAAGCCCGCCACGCUGAGGGUGCACUCGCGCACGCACACGGGCGAGAAGCGCUACUCCUGCAAGGACUGCGGCAAGAGCUUCUCCCAGCGCAGCCCGCUGGUGAUCCACACGCGCUACCACACGGGCGAGCGGCCCUACACGUGCUCCUUCUGCGGCAAGAGCUUCGUGUCCCGGUCCCUGCUGAACGUCCACUUGAAGACCCACGGCAAGCGCUUGUGAGACGGUGUCAUCACGGGAAAGGAAACCUUCUUACGUUACUUUUAUUUAUUACUAAAACAUCUGGAGAUGACAGCACAUCAAAAAAUUUGCUCUACAAUACAUAUAUUUUUAUAAUGACAUUAUGUGGUAAAUUAAUAUGAAUAAUAACAGUCCUUU